AUGACACAUCCAGAAGGCGCCAGCUCAGACGUGAUAGAGAAUCCAAACAUCCCUCCACUCAACCCUGAAGGCGAGAGGGUAGGAAUAGUAACAGACCCAAUCACACAAAUAAGAAAACCAGGAGCCACUCGCGAAGAAGAAAUGCAUAAGGAGCUAGAAGACCACAUACGCAGGGAGCAAGAAUUGAGAAAGCUCAUGAAGACAGCCAACGCUGCGAAAAGCGCCAAGGAAACAACAGAGAACGCGGAGGAAAAAGAUGAGGAACCUAUAGCUAUGACACAAGAGGCGAUGGCAAGAUACUUGGAGAUGAACUACAGAGUCGUAAAGCAAGAAAACUACAACUUUAUGGCGAGCCCUUACUCUUCUGAAAUCACAGAGUAUCAAUAUCUAGAGGAUUACACAUCACCAAAGUUGAAAGUCUACAACGGCCAGGGUAACGCGAGGGAACACCUCAGCCGAUUCUUAUCCUCUAUGAACGAUCGGGCAACUGAUGGGAAACUAUGUCUCAGAGAAUUUCCAAAGUCAUUAACUGACACAACAUUCUCGUGGUACGAUAACCUGAGGUCGGAAAGCAUCAGCUCCUGGAUAACCAUGUCCACACUCUUCCUCAGAAAAUUCUAUUCAGCAAAAAGGAAAGUCACGACCAUCGACUUGAGCAAGCGUAACCAGCGUGCAAGCGAGGAAAUAGGAAAAUACAUUGUCAGAUUCCGUCUCCUCACUCUAGACUGCCAAGAGGAUGUCAAAGAGGAAGAUCUGGUGGAGAUUUGUGUACGAAGAAUGACUCCAUCCUUCAAGAAAAGUUUAGUCAAUUUCCGUUUUCCCACGUUCGUAUAA